AACAACAACUCCAGCCGCUUUGGCAAGUUCAUCCAGGUCAACUACCAGGAGAGCGGAACAGUCAGGGGGGCCUACGUGGAGAAGUAUCUCCUGGAGAAGUCACGUCUGGUGUAUCAGGAGCACAAUGAGAGGAAUACCAUGUGUUUUACUACCUGUGGCCGGAGCCAGUGAGGAGGAUGAGGACGUCCUUCCAUCUGCUCAAACCUGAGGAAUAUCACUAUAUCAACCAGAUGACAAAGAAAUCGCACAAAUUCGCCUGGGACAAUUGCUAUGAGAGUGAACUGGACUGCUUCACAGUGGAAGGAGAGGACCUGAAGCAUGACUUUGAGCGGCUGCAGUUAGCGAUGGAGAUGGUCGGCUUCCUACCUGCUACGCGCAAACAGAUUUUCUCGCUGCUGUCAGCGAUCCUCCACCUGGGAAACAUUCGCUACAAGAAGAAGACCUACAGGGAUGAUUCCAUCGAUAUCUGCAACCCAGAGGUCCUUCCUAUUGUCUCCGAGCUGCUGGAGGUGAAAGAGGAGAUGCUACUGGAAGCAUUGACCACAAGGAAGACUGUGACUGUUGGAGAGCGGUUGAUUGUACCCUACAGACUGGCCGAGGCGGGCACUGUACGGGACUCCAUGGCUAAGUCACUGUACAGCGCCCUGUUUGACUGGAUUGUCUUCAGGACCAAUCAUGCUCUUCUCAACAACAGGGACCUGGAGGACAACUCUAAGAUCCUGUCCAUAGGAGUCCUGGACAUAUUUGGCUUUGAGGACUAUGAGAACAACAGCUUUGAACAGUUUUGCAUCAACUUUGCCAAUGAACGACUGCAGCACUACUUCAACCAACACAUCUUCAAGUUAGAACAGGAGGAGUACCGGGCCGAGGGCAUCACGUGGCACAACAUCGACUACAUCGACAACAGCGGCUGCAUCAACCUCAUCAGCAAGAAGCCCACCGCGCUCUUCCACCUGCUGGAUGAGGAGUGCAAUUUCCCCCAGGCUUCCAACCAGACCUUGCUGGACAAGUUCAAGCGUCAGCAUGAGGGAAACAGCUAUAUCGAGUUCCCUGCAGUCAUGGAGCCUGCCUUCAUCAUCAGACACUACGCGGGCAAAGUCAAGUAUGGUGUCAAGGACUUCAGGGAAAAGAACACUGACCACAUGCGUCCGGACAUUGUUGCCUUGCUGAAGAGCAGUAAGAACGCCUUCAUCUGUGGCCUGAUGGGAAUCGAUCCUGUGGCGACCUUCCGCUGGGCUGUACUGCGUGCCUACUUCAGGGCUCUGGUAGCUUUCAGGGAGGCCGGCCGCAGACACACAAAGAAAGCCGUGAAUAAUUCCACAGUUCCCUGUGCUGUUGUCAAAACGGUCGACAGCUUCAGUUUCCUGCAUCACCCUGUUCACCAGAGGAGCCUUGAGAUCCUGCAAAGAUGCAAGGAUGAGAAAUACAGUAUCACCAGAAAGAAUCCUCGGACACCUCUGUCAGAUCUUCAAGGCACCAACGCCCUGAAUGAGAAGGCCAGCUGGGACGGCUACAGCGUUGGCUGUAACGGUCGGAGCUCGCGCGCGGCUCGUAUGAGCUCAUCAGGAAGUCCGGUUCUGGAAGAAGACGGGAUCUUCCUCAACUCCACCAAUAGCAAGCUGCUGGAGAGAGCUCAGGGCAUCCUGCUGAGAAACAAAAACUGUAAAAUCAAACCCGUUCUUCCCAAGCAUUUGUUGGACGUGAAAUCUCUGCGUUAUCUGAGCAGCGUGACGCUCCAUGACCGGAUCACCAAGUCUCUGCUUCACCUGCAUAAGAAGAAGAAACCACCGAGCAUCAGUGCUCAGUUCCAGGCAUCCCUCAAUAAGCUGAUGGAAACUUUGGACCAGUCAGAGCCGUAUUUUGUCAAAUGCAUUCGCUCCAAUGCUGAGAAGCUCCCGCUGCGUUUCAGUGACAGUCUGGUGCUCAGACAGCUGAGGUACACAGGUAUGCUGGAAACCGUUUGCAUCCGCCAGUCAGGAUACAGUAACAAGUACACCUUCCAGGACUUUGUGCAUCAUUUUCGCGUUCUACUACCCCGAGGCACGAACCCAACCAAGUCGAGCAUCAGAGAUUUCUUCCGGCGGAUCCACCUGCCGCCUGCUGGGUACCAAGUGGGACAUACAAUGGUGUUCCUGCGGGAGGCGGAACGUCAGCGCCUUCAAACCCUCCUCCACCAGGAGGUGCUGCAGAGAAUUGUAAUGCUGCAGCGUCGCUUUAGAGCCGCCCUAGAGAGGAAACACUUUGUUGCCAUGAGGGGAGCCGCUUGUGCCAUCCAGAGGUGGUGGCGAAGCUGCCUUCUCAGACAGUCUGAUGUUGACCGCGCCAUUGAGGAAGAGGCCGCUGUGUGUCUGCAGACAGCCUGGAAAAGCUACGUGUACCGAAGGAGGUUCCUGCAGUGGCGCGAAGCUGCAACAGUUAUACAGAGGAGCUGGAGGAACCACUGCCAUUGCAGGUCCAUGGCAGCCACAAUAGUUCAGGCAGGCUGGAGAGGGUUUAGGGAGAGGAGUCGCUACCACAAGAUCUACAGAACUGUGACCCAAAUACAGGCUAUGAGCAGGGGCUACUUGGCCAGGCUCAGGUUCAGAGAACUGAAGAAGCAGCUUGAAUGCCAGAUACUGGGUCCACCUGGAGAGAUGGAGGAUGCAGAGAGGAUGGUCACACUGCAAGCAGAACCUGUGAAGGACCUCUGCUUAUCAGGCUUGGAAAGCUUUGUCCAGGAUGUGUCCAGAGAACCUUCUGGUUACUCUAAGGGAGAUUUGGAAGAUUUUGGUGAAAUGGACAAAGAAGAGGACUCGGAGCAAAGCAGGAGCAUUGAUGAGACAUGCCACAAAAACAGAUCCAAAAGAGAGAGCAGACGAAUGAGAGAGCUGGAGCAGGCUCAGUUCAGCUUGGACCUUUUGAAGGUGCGCACCACCAUUGUGGGAGGGCCUCAACUUGAAGGCCCUGAACCAGGCAGUGGCACCUCCCAGUUGGAUGAUGAUCACAGAUGUUCCCCAGCCAGCCAUGAAAGCUUUGAGGUGCUCAGUAUAGAAGAAAUGGAGACUGAUGCUUCUUCUGGUGGUUUUAGUUCCCAGCCGGCUGGUCCUCUGAUGCUCCAAGAAUGUUCCAGUCUGUUCCAGUCAGAGACUGCAGUGGGUGAAAAACUCAGAGAUUCAAACUUUAAUGAAAAACCAAUGGUGGAAAAGCAAAAUAAGGUUGAAGCUCCACAGGCAACAUUUUAUAUAGCUUCUGACCAAAGCCCAGUUCAGGAACCCAAAUUUAAAAGCCCCAGUAAAUCACACAAAGAGAGGAGAGAGUUUACCUCUCGAAGACCGGUAGUGGUGCUCAUCAGUAUGCAAAAGGAGAGCCCAGUGGAAGUGAAGGAGCCACUGGCAGGCCAAACCCUUGAAGGAGCUCCUGAAAGUGGAGUAGCAUUGUGUGGUUCUCAAAUGAUACCUAUUGCUGGUUUGGAGGUGGGAGCAGAGAAGGAACAACCUCAUGGGAUUAUGACACAGACUAAGAGAGAUAAAUUUGGGGUGGAUAAGCCCCCUUUAGCCACCUGUGGAUCAAGUGCAGAACUAGAGGGAACUUGUUCUUCAGAGGUGGACAUCCAGCACUUACACGAGGCUACAACAGUUAUUCAUCGUGAGCAGGAGAGGAGAUCUAUACGACCUGCACAGGAGUCACGCAGCCCAGUUCUGGAGACCAAACCACCAAAAGCCAAGAAGAAGAGCUCAACCCAGACUGUUACUGUGAACAUGGUGGAGAAGCCCUCAAACACGAUAUUCUCUCCACCCAGACGCAAGCUGCCAUUCUCCAAGUCAGAUAAGGAUUUGAUGAACCAAGAAAGGUUGUACAGGGAUGACGGCUCCAGCUCCAAAUCCAGGAACAGAGAGACUUCACACAAAGACCAGAAGAAGAUCCACAAGACCAUGUCCUCAGGAGACCUGGGCAAGGUGGAGGUCCUCAGAAAGACAUCCAGUCAUGAUGGAAGAAUGAGAGGGAAGAUGCAUUUCUGGAGAAGGUCGAAACACGGCGAGAAAAAGCUGUCAAGAGAGAAAAAUACCAGCCGGAGUGAAGUUGAAGAGACAUAUGAAGGGCCAUCUCCUCCUCACAGUCCAGACCUCGAGUCAUCUUCUUCAAGGGUGGUCAGAGACAGUAAAGAAAAUAAGGAGCCUUCUCCUAAAAUCAAGAGGCGCCGGAGUGUCAAGAUCAGCAGUAUCACUCUGGAACCCGCUCAGUGGCAAAAUGACGCAUUGCACAUCCUCACCUCGGCUCACGACUACCGUAGCAUGAAUGACUUCCUCAUGAAGAAGAUUGCUGACCUGGAUUCUGAAGACAGUAAGAAGGACACAAUGGUGGAUGUUGUCUUCAAGAAAGCAUUGAAGGAGUUUCGGAUCAAUAUCUUCAACUCAUAUUCUACUGCCUUGGCUAUGGAUGAUGGGAAGAGUAUCCGUUACAAGGAUCUUUACGCCCUCUUUGAACACAUCCUGGAGAAGACCAUGCGUCUGGAGCAGCGGGAUUGGAGCGAGUCACCUGUCAAGGUGUGGGUGAACACCUUCAAGGUCUUCCUGGAUGAGUUUAUGACAGAGUACAAGCCCAUGGAGGGAACAGUUGGCCGGGCUCCUAAAAGGGAACGCAAGAAGACAAGAAAAAAAGAGACUGACAUUGUAGAGGAACAUAAUGGUCAUAUCUUCAAGUCCACACAGUACAGCAUCCCCACCUACUGCGAGUACUGCUCCUCCCUCAUCUGGAUGAUGGACAGAGCCUGUGUCUGCAAAUUGUGUCGCUACGCCUGCCACAGGAAGUGUUGCUCCAAAAUGACCACAAAGUGCAGCAAAAAGUAUGAUCCGGAGCUGUCAUCACGCCAGUUUGGAGUGGAGCUGUCUCGCCUGACCAGCGAGGAGCGCACGGUGCCCCAGGUGGUCGAGAAACUCAUCAACUACAUUGAGAUGCACGGCCUUUACACAGAAGGAAUCUACAGGAAGUCUGGCUCCACCAAUAAGAUCAAAGAAUUGCGUCAGGGUCUGGACACAGAUGUCAGUACUGUGAUACUGGACGACUACAACAUCCAUGUCAUUGCCAGCGUACUCAAACAGUGGCUGCGUGACCUGCCCAGUCCUCUCAUGACCUUUGAACUUUACGAGGAGUUCCUUAGGGCUAUGGGUCAACCAGACAACCGUGAGGUGAUCCGAGGGGUGUAUUCUGUGAUCGACCAGCUUAGCAGGACCCACCUCAGCACACUGGAACGCCUCAUCUUCCAUUUAGUCAGGAUCACCCUGCAGGAGGAGACGAACAGGAUGUCAGCUAACGCCCUCGCCAUCGUCUUCGCUCCCUGCAUUCUUCGCUGCCCUGAUACCAUUGACCCACUGCAGAGUGUCCAAGACAUCAGCAAAACCACUGCAUGUGUGGAGCUUAUCAUCAACGAGCAGAUGAGUAAGUACAAGGCUCGUCUGAAGGACAUCAGCAGUCUGGAGUUUGCCGAAAGCAAAGCCAAGAGCAGACUGACCCACAUCAGGAGGUCCAUGAAACCCAUAUUAAUUGCUGUUAGGUUUAUGACCAUAACCCGCACUGCCACCCCGCCUAGCACAGCUAAAAUAAAGAACAAAGGCCGUGCUCGGCAAAGCGGCACACACAUGUCUUCACCACCUCUGAGCCCAAGGGCGCCCCCUGCAGUUGAUGGAGAAGGUGCGGGAGGAAGUGCGGGAGAGGAUGCAGCAGAAGCCGGACUGAGCGACCAACAGCAGCUGGCCAUGCAGCAGGAGGAGCGCAUCCUCACCGAGCAGAUUGAAAAUCUGCAGAAAGAAAAGGAGGAGCUGACAUACGAGAUGUUGAUCUUGGAGCCGCGAGCGUCAGAUGAUGAGACUCCUGAAUCUGAAGCUUCAAUUGGCACAGCAGACAGCUCUGAAAAUAUUGCCAAGGAAAUGCAGGGAGCCACCUUUGACCUCUCUGAGCGAAGCACGUACCGCUCCAGAAAGUCUGAGGCCAAGGACAGACGAGCUCUGCAUCGCCAGCCCGACUCCCAGGACUCGGCAGACUCCACGUCCACAGUCUCGUCCUCAUACCAUCCCUCUUCUUCUCUCUCCUCCAACACCUCUGGCUCUCCUUCUCCUCAUUACAGAUUCCGUUCCUCUUCUUCCGGGCCCCUGCUCACUUCCUGCGGUUUGGGAGCUCCACUAGCGGAGGUAGAGAGGGGGCACAGAGAGGGUAAAACUCGCCACCGAAUCCGCCUGAGCCGCAGCUCACCGCGCGAGCCCUCCGGUGCCCACCGGCGGGAGUCGGACUUCAGCUCGACGCCACAGCAGCUGGUUCUGUAUGGCAGCAAUGAGUUUAUGGUGUGAUGCACAGGAGGGAGGAGUUACAACACUAACCGCCACCUACCCAAGUGCAGGAGGCCGUGCGAGAAAGGGAGGGGGGAGAAUUCCGGGCUUGAUGAGGCAGGACACAGGACGAGGUUUGUGACCGCUGUCACCUGCCGCCCCUCCUCAGGGCCCGCCUCCUCCUCCGUGGGUGCAGUCUGCUGCUGCAGGAGAACAAGAGACAAAGAUGAGAGGAAAUAUGACAGAAUAGAGUGAGAAGAGGAAGACUGCAGGUUCGAGUGAAAAGCAAAAUGCUGGAGCAGAGUCACAAUUCAGAAUGGGUCAAAAUACACAGGUGUGCUGUUGACCUUUGACCCCUGCUGGAAAAUCAGGGGUCUCUCAGGACAGAGAAGUUGACAAGAGAUUGAAAAUCCACACCUGCAAAGCCAAAUCUAAAGUGCCCCAUCUUCAUGUUUUUUGCAUGUCUGCAGGUGUAUAAAUGUAGCCAUAGCAACCGAUCUGGUGACAGUUUGUAACCAGCGCCAAGCUAAGUUUGUUUUCCACGUUUACACACGACACAGCGGCCACAAGGCCGUAGCUUCUCCAUGACACCUUUUCCUAUGGCCUUUUGAAGAGACUACAGCAAAAUGCUAUGACUGUACGUGACAUCAUUAUUGUUAUUAUUAUUGUUAUUAUUAUGUUCCACGGGGGGUGUACAGAUAAAGACAUUCGAGUGCUGCUGGUGGGUGGUUCGUUGUUUAUUCGCCUCUUAUACGUCAGAACUGUUUAGUGAGUUGUGUGAAGGUUCCAUGUUGUUUGUGUGUUGGUUUGGUUGUUAUUUGCUUCUUCUUCUUUUUUUUACUUUUCAGUGAACACAACACCAUAUAGCGUUGUCAGCCGUCACUGGGUUAGUAACCCAAGGUGUCAGUCGGCUAUAAGUGUGUCUGCCUUUUUCCAGCCUGUUUUUGCUCCUGUUUUACUUACAAACAUCAGUGUUAUAAGGGCAGGACUUGAACUUUUUAUAUGUAAAUUAUAGGUGUUGUUAUUGAUAUCAAAGAUGUCAUGUUUAUUGUCAUGGUAAUAGAUUAUUUGUGUUUCCUUCUCUGUUUUUGUCUGAAUUAUGCUUUUUUUUUUUUUUUUUUUUUUUGCAUGUGUGGACUCCUCACAGGAGAGGCAUGCUUCCCUCCGAAAAAAGUCUCUGCAACAAACGUCAGACCGUCUAGCGACACUAAUUUUAGUCCUGUUCCAGAACAAACCGUCCAAAUAUUGACCAUCACCUCUGAGCCGUCGGAUAUCUCCUCAUCUUUGUUACCGUGGUGAACAGUAGCUGUUCCAUCCUCUUUUCUUCCGGCUGGGAAAAGUAGCAUUGAACCUGCACAGAACCGUAGCAUCGAACUCUGACUAUCAACACGUUGACCAUCCACACAUUUCCACACGUUCUCCCUCUUUGUGUUGGCGCGCUAUGAAAGACAUUUGCAAUGAUGUCUCUGUAUUCCAGCUGCAAUAUCGCCUCGCCUGCUGCAUUUGUGGUCACAGACACAAUCGGUGUUAAGCUUUUUGAAGCUGCACGCACUGUGCUCAUCUCAGAUUUCAAUGCAAACCGUAGAGCUGUUUUUAUAGGACAAAAAAGUUUGAGUUGUGUGUCGCAGAACAACACUGCUUCUGGUUAAAUAUGUGCAGGCUGAUAAAUGACAGGAUGGUGUCUGUACAUGUGGAGGAUCACAGUUUGUCAUUCUGAGGGGAAAAAAGGACAAAAAAGUGAAUGUACUUGUCACUGGAAAGUGUGCUGUGCUUUCUCUGUUUUCAUUUCUUUUUUAUACACAGCGUAUGUACUAUUUAUGAUCAUGCUUUGGGGUGUAUAUUGGUUUAAAAAAAAUCUGUUAUAAAAGGAUAUAUUAUCCUGUGUAUGGUUUAUUAUCUACUAUUACUAACCAUAGCAACAUUUUAACAGGCCUUGUGGUCUGUCAUUUGUGCUACAAAAAAA